AUGGAGCGAGAACUUUUCCGAGCGCUGCGCGACUCCUCUGCCGUCCGUCCCAGCGCGAAGGAAGUGAAAGAAGCACUGGCUUUCUGCAAUGCGGUGAAGCCGUUGUUUCCGAAGGUAAAAGUGGUGUUGGACGUUGCCGGGGGGCAUGGUGCGCUAGCGGCGGUCUUCCUCAUCCUGCACCGGUCCGUGGAACGCGCGGUUGUCAUCGACCCCUUCGAAGCGCCCGCAGGAAAGCGCGGCAUAUUGACUGCUUGGGGCAAGUACCUUUCCAGAAGGAGGGAAGAUCACGAGAACUACAUCAAGGAGCGCCUUCGUACUGCUGUUGCUGCCAGUAUCGAAGAGCAAGACGAAAAAACAGCGUCGCGUUCGACCACGGCGCCUGACGCAGUCGCAACUACACCCACUGCACUGCAGCCACCCGAUGGCGAAGAGCUGGUUUGUCAAGCAGUCACCGAAGAUAGUGCGAAAGAAUCCGCAGGGAGCGAUCACGACCAACAUCCUGACUGUGCUUUGCGCUACCGGCACGAAGACCUCCACACGGGUUUACCAGACGAGCUCGCCACACUUCUGAACAAACAUACAACCGAAGAUGAUUUUGCCGUUCAUCCGUCGGAAAUCUUAGUCGUGGCCUGUCACGCGUGCCAGCACCUCACAGACGACACGAUCGACAUCGCGCAAAGUUUCGGGGUCCACGUUGCCGUGAUGCCAUGCUGCCACCGCGACCGCACGCAGGGUCAACGGUGGAAAAGCACGGCGCGGCACCUCGCGGAUACGUUCCUUGGUGAACAAAGCGGAAUGAUGGGAGAGGGUGGAAAAAGUGAAGACAAGAAAGUCCGGAGAACAAAAAACGACCAGCUAUUUGGCACCGUCACCGACCUUCUCACUGCCGGUAGGAUGCAGGUCGGCGGGAAAAGCGCGGGAGUCCGCUAUGAUGUCCGCAUGCGGUUUAUCAACGAAAACAUCACGCCCCAGAACCGCAUUUUGGUCGGAACGGCACUGAGCCUUGCGGAAGAGGAGAGCAGCACGAUGGCGGAUACGAAAAAGCGGCAGCACGCGGAACGCCAACUCUCAGCGGCCUACCGUGCGGCGCACAAAAGCAAAGCAUCAGUGAAGGAGCGACCAUGA